GCGCCAGUUCAGAUCUCCUACCCGCGCUGAGUGAUGGCUGUGGAGGCACCAAGAAGUGUUUAAUGCAUCAUUUUUUUUAAUUAACUAUAACUUCUGACUUGUACAUUACUAAUGUCACGCGUUGUGCUAACUAUUGGAAAACAAAGAACAUAUUGACGUAGUUGUAAACUCCGUCAAAGUUGCUUUAGAGCUCGCAAAGGACACAAAGCUGUAACACCUGAGGUCACCAGGUCAUCUGUGAUCGGCACCACUAUAAGAUCUCAAAUAUGGACAGUGAGGAUGAUCUGGACAUGUUGACAGCGCUGCUGGCUGAGAGCGAGGGAGUCGCAGAAGAAAAGGUGAGUCAGGAGCAGGCAGACGACUUGGAUGACCUGUUUGACGGCGACAACGAUGAGGAGGACGAGUACAAAGAGGGCGUCGAGGAGGAAGACCCAGAUGUGGGGACAGAGGAUGCCCUGUCGGAUCUCUUCGGGGAGGUGGAUGACAUUGAAAAGGAAGAGAAAGACGCUAAAAGAAAAGGAAGUGGUGGAGAAGCCUGCGAGAGCCUGGACAGAUCCAAGGAGGAUUUACAAGACGAGCUGAAGCGUAUGCAGGAGCAGAUGCAGCGGUUGCAGCAGCAGCUGGAAGCAAGCCAGAAGGUUCCCCCCUCAUCUUCCACUCCGGUCCUGACUGCAAGGAGCUCGGCGGGUCCCAAACCAAUGACACCCAAACCCACACCCACUCGAAAGCCGACCUCCAAACUGACCCCAGCCAAACCGGCCUCAAACACACAGAAGGCCAAGACACAAGCAGCAACAACAUCUUCAUCCACUCCAGUCAGAGGAGGAGAUCUGAAGCUCCAGGAGUCCUCUGACUUUUUUGAUCAGCUGAACAAUGCGGACUCCUUCAAACGCAAACCAAGGGUUGCUCACGAUCCCAAACCCAGCACAUCCCCAGAAGCCAGAGGUCCACUGAUAGAGAUUAAGAUUGGCGGCACCUUCCAGCCAGUAGAGAGCACCAGCAAGGUUUUCAAUGCUAAACGUUCACCUCCAGCCUCUCAGAGCAAACCUGCUCGAGCUGCAUCAACAGGAACGCCUAAACCUUCUUCUCUUCCUCCGCUUCCUAAAGAUGUGGGUGUUGAGAAAUACUCAGGACUGCGGCUCAGAAAACCACGCGUUUCCUCCUGCGAGAUGGACCGCAAGAUGGCUGACCGCCGUCUGAUCCGUCUGUCGCAGGUGCCGGAGCGUUUGACUCGGGAGAAGCUGGAGGAUUGCGACUGGGUGACAUUCGCUGUGCUGGUCAACAAGGUCACACCACAAAGCAACAGCAGUGGCAAAACCUUCAGCAUCUGGAAACUGAACGACCUCCAUAACCUGGAAGUGUUUGUGUCUCUGCUGCUGUUCGGCGAAGUCCACAAAGAGCACUGGAAGACGGAGCCGGGCACCGUUAUCGGAAUCCUCAACCCGAACCUCAUGAAGCAGAAGGAUGGAUAUGAUGGGGUGAGCCUGACGGUGGAUAACCCACAGAAGGUGCUGCUGUUGGGUGACGCUCAGGACUACGGCACUUGCCAGGCCAUGAAGAAGAACGGAGACCCCUGCUCUCAGAUCGUCAACAUGUUUGAGUGCCAGUACUGCCAGUAUCACGUCAAAGCCCAGUACAAGCAGAUGAGCUCGAAGAGGGCCGAGCUGCAGUCGGCUUUUUCUGGCAAAGCUCCCAACAAGAUAAAGGGGAAGGGCGGCAACCUGAGAGAUCGGCUGUGUCAGGACGGCUUCUACUACGGCGGCGUGUCCUCAGCCGCCUGCGCAUCUUCACUAACGGCGUCCAAAUCGAACAAACCCGCCCAGCAGACUCUGGACAAGCUGUUCGUUAAAGGCUCGGCUCAACUGGUCAAUCAGGCCAAGAAGCUGGCCAUGCAGUCUGGUGAAGUUGCAGGUUGUUCGAAUGAAUUUAAGAGCCUGUUGUCGGCGCCAACACCCGGAGCUAUGCAGCUGAAGAAGCACUUAACACAUGGCGGCCAAUCAGUCUCCAAAGGUGCAGCUGCAGUUCAGUCCAUCACAGCCUCGGACCUGCUGAAGCAGCAGAAACAGAGGCAGCGGGAGUUUCUGCAGAACCGUCGGCAGAGGGCGGACGAGAUCCAGAAGAGGGUGCUGCAGAGCUCAGCUGGGCCCAGACCCGGGGCGUCGUCCUCCUCGCUGGGCCGGGAUGGUCUGAUGUCCCCGAAAGCAGCCUCCGAGGUCCCCAACGCCACGCAAAGCCCUGCGACUCCCGUGGCCCCCACCCUUGGCCGAGGCUUCUCUGAGGGUGAAGACAUCCUCUUCUUUGAGAACAGAUCGCCGCCUGCGGCGCCCGCCCCCAGCGCUCUCAGCCUAUCAGCCGCCAAGCUGGCCGCUCUGAGAAGACUUAAAGCCAAAGGGGCGGGACUCAAAAAGGAAGACCCCAACGCUGUGAAGAGGAAGAGGAGUAACGACGGCAAGAUCAAUGCCCGAGUGGAGAAGAAUCUGACCUCCCCCAAUGACGGAUCGUCUGGUAAUGAGGACGAGGAACCGGCCCAGAAGAGGAAACGAGAAAGAGAGCUACAAUACAUCCAGUCAGAGGAGUUUCAAAAGAUACUCAACGCCAAAUCCCGCCACAAUGCUGCACUACAGGCGGCGGAGUACCAACUGCAGGAGCGCUACUUUGAUCCGCUCGUGAAGAAGGAGCAGAUGGAGGAGAAGAUGAAGGGCAUCAGAGAGAUGAAGUGUCGUGCUGUUAGCUGUAAAAAGUGUGGUUAUACCUACUUCAAGCCGGCAGACCGCUGUGUGGAGGAAAGUCACGACCUGCGGUGGCACGAGGCCACCAAACGUUUCUUCAAAUGUCCCUGUGGACAGAGAGCCAUCGCUCUGGACAGACUGCCCAACAAACACUGCAGCAACUGCGGUCUGUUUAAAUGGGAGCGCGAUGGGAUGCUGAAGGAGAAAAAGGGACCAAAGAUCGCCGGAGAGCUCCUCCAGCCUCGAGGGGAGGAGCACGGCAGGUUCCUCAACAGCAUGCAGUGAUGGCAGAAGGAUUUUUACGUCUGUAAUUUAAAUGUCUCAGUAGCAAUAUUGCAUUUGUGUGAAUUAUGUUUUUUUAAAGGUUUGACAUUGUGUUGUUAUUGAUAAUGGAGAUUUGAAUGUCUGUAAUUUUAUUGGAUACGCA